UUACACCCACAUGUGAAACACCCAGCAAUUCUCCCACGACAUAGUCAUAUAUCAACAUUACUCAUCAGACAUUAUCAUGAGCAAGUGUAUCACCAAGGGAGAGGAAUGACUAUAAAUGAACUGCGAUCAAACGGUUUCUGGAUUUUGGGAUGUAGCAAAGCAGUGUCUUCAUAUAUCUACAAAUGCACUAGGUGCAGGAAACUGAGAAGAUGCACCGAAGAGCAAAGGAUGGCAAAUCUUCCUCAGGAACGUAUGGAGACAACCCCUCCUUUCACAUACUGCGGGAUGGACUGUUUCGGUCCUUUCUGCGUCAAAGAAGGAAGAAAGGAGUUGAAACGCUAUGGGCUUCUACUUACAUGUAUGUGUUCCAGAGCGGUCCAUGUAGAAAUGCUGGAUGAUUUAUCCACUGACGCAUUCAUUAAUGCUUUGCGUGCUUUCAUUGCCAUACGUGGACCUGUGCGUCAACUUAGAUCUGACCAGGGCACUAAUUUCGUGGGUGCAAGACGAGAAUUUGCUGAAGCACUAAAGGGAAUUAACCAAGAACGCCUAAAGGAGUUUGGCUGUGAAUUCAUCAUGAACACCCCAUCAACCAGUCACAUGGGUGGCAUUUGGGAGAGGCAGAUUCGGACAAUAAGAAGUGUUUUGACAUCCAUUCUGGAUCAAUCAGCUCAAAGACUUGAUAGUGCCUCACUAAGAACAUUUCUCUAUGAAGUCAUGGCUAUCGUGAAUAGCAGACCUUUAACCACAGAGCAUCUGAAUGAUCCAUCUGGUCCGCAGCCUCUUACACCUAACCAUAUCUUGACUAUGAAGACUUCAAUAAUUUUACCACCACCUGGAGAGUUUGUCAAGGAAGACCUUUAUCUUCGUAAAAGAUGGCGUAAGGUGCAGUAUUUAGCAAAUGAGUUCUGGUCACGUUGGAGAAAAGAAUAUCUUCUAAACCUGCAACACAGGCAGAAAUGGCACAAGCAUCGUAGAAAUGCAAAGGUCAAUGACAUUGUCAUUCUGAAAGAUGACACAGCUCCACGCAGUCAGUGGAAGCUAGCGAAGGUAACAGAAGUGCACAGUGGUACAGAUGGCUGUGUGAGAACAGUGAAGUUAUUGAUUAGUGAUUCGACACUGGAUAAAAAGGGCAAACGUGUUACUAAACCGACUUACCUUGAAAGGCCCAUCCAGAAAAUAGUUACCCUGAUUGAAGCAGAUUAAAAGUUUACCUUGUGUCUACCAUUCCUUGGGUUAGUCCAUAAUAUUUUUGAUUAAAAGUACUGUCAAUAAGUUACAAAAUCACAAGAAAGUGCUUUGGUGGGAGUGUAACUGACAGAGAAGUCUGUUAAUAUUUCAUGUUUAUUUUAUUAUUUUGUUAAAGACCUUUAAUUUGAACUGCUUUGUAAAGAACUGUUUUAGUGGAGACUUUUAUUAUGAAAAGCACAGUGUAACUCAGGAAGUUGUUGUCUACACCGCAUGGCAAGUUGAAGCUGUAUUCCACGUUUCUAAAGAGCAUUUAAGUUCAUUUACUCAUCUGAAGUUACAGAAAAUAUUACCAGAUGUAAGAUUAAGUUCUCCUUUGGUAAUAAGCAGCCAAUGAAUUCUCACGGCAUCUUGAAUUGGAUGGUUAUCCUCAUGGUGAACCAGUCAAUAAAUCGCCUGUCAUCAGAGAA